UGCGGUUGCUGGGAAUUGAACUCAGGACCUCUGGAAGAGCAGUCAGUGCUCUUAACCUCUGAGCCAUCUCUCUAGCCCCCCAUCAAUUCCUUUAUUGGAUGUAUGGUCCCAACUGAUGCAGGGCUCCCUCUCUAAGCUGCUGUCUUAGUUAGGUCUUAGUGUUUCUAUUGCUGUGAAGAGACACCAUGACCUAAAGGAAAACAUUUAAUUGGGAAUGGCUUACAGGUUCAGAGGUUUAGUCCAUUACCAUCAUGGCAGGAAGCUUGGUGGCAAAUAGGCAGGCAUGGUGCUUGAAAGGUAGCAGGGAGUUCUAUAUCUGGAUCAGUAGGCAUCAGAGAGAGAGUGUGACCCUGGGGCUGCUUGAGCUUCUGAAACCUCAAAGCUCACCUCCAGUGACAUAGUUCCUCCAGCAAGGCCACACCUAUUCUAAAAAGGUCACACCUCCAGAAAUGCCACUCCCUGAAUCUAUGGGGGCCAUUUUCAUUCAGACCACCUCAGCUGUCAAGGUGGGUGUAGUCAGGCUAGACUGUUAAGUGCCUGCCACUUUUGGAUGGCAUAGGAGGACAGCUCAUGACUCCCCCCCCCCCCGCUUCCUUUUUGCAGCUUUGUUUCUUGAGGUUUCAGGUCUAAUUCUCCUGUGCUCUUCCCAGACACCCAGCCCUGAGCUCUGUCGGCAGCACAUAUGUCAGGAAUUCCAUCUUUUGUCCUGCACAGUCUAGUCUUCUGUCAGUAACUCCCAGCUUCCUCUAGUGCUUUGUACUAUCCACACCUGUCAUAUAUGUACUGCUUAUAGUGUCUUCUCCCAUCAUUCCAGGGACCUUGGUGUGCUGCUAUCUCACCAAGCACAAGGCAUCUUCUCUCCAGUAGAUCCCUCGCUCUGGCUACCUCCCACCUUGAACUUGUUGUGUCACUUGGUUUCUAUUUUGUUUACUCUGCCUGCCCCAUCAGGCUUUUAAGUAACCUUUGCUUCCUUUUCAUCCAUCUGCUCACCUUUUGGUUAGAGACAGUUCCUAAACUUUACCUUUUAAGCCAGUCCUUUUAUUUUUUGGUGUGUGUGUGUGUGUAUGUGCGCGCGCGUGCGUGCUUGUGUGUCGUGGGGGGUGGCACACAUGCCACAGGGCAUAUGUGGGAUGAAGUGGACCAUUUGUAGUCAGUUUUCUUCUUCUACCGUGUAAGUCCAGGGAUCAAAUUCAAGUUGUCAGGUUUGGCGGCAAGUCCCUUUCCCCACUGAGUUAUCUCCUUGUCCUCUUCACUUGCGUUUUUGAGUCAGGAUCGUUCACUGAACUUACUUUCCUGUCAUCUGUGCUUUGCUCUGUAGAGCAGCAGAUGACCUUGGGACUAGAAGAGCAGUGGUGCCUGGCUUUCCUACUUCAGCUGGUACAGCUGUCCUUGGCAGGAGGGAGGAUCUCUAUCAGACUAUGAGCAGGGAAAUGGGAAAGGGAAGGCCUUAUGCUUCCAUGUCAUCAUGUUGCCUUUGCCUGAUGGAGCAUCCUGAGAGCUCCUGCUCUGGAAGUGCUGUGGUUGGGCUGAGAAGAACCUUACUGAAUGGCACUGUGCAGGGAACAGUCAUUUAGAGCAAGAGGGCCCAGGAGAUGUGAGAAGUGGACUAUGGUGAAUGUGUACGUGCUGGGGAAGACGUUCCUGCUCUUGGCGAGGGAGCUCUGCAUCAACGCACCGGCUAUAGACCCAUGCUUGUACAUUCCACGUUUUGCUCAUCUACUGGAAUUUGGGGAGAAGAACCAUGAAGUAUCCAUGACAGCCCUGAGGCUUCUGCAGAGGAUGAAGAGGGAUUGGAUGCACACAGGGCGGCGCCCCUCUGGGCUCUGUGGAGCAGCACUUUUGGUUGCAGCCAGAAUGCAUGACUUCCGGAGAACCGUCAAAGAAGUCAUCAGUGUGGUCAAAGUGUGUGAAUCCACACUACGGAAGAGGCUCACAGAAUUUGAAGACACUCCAACCAGUCAGCUCACCAUUGAUGAGUUUAUGAAGAUUGACCUGGAAGAGGAAUGUGACCCUCCUUCGUACACAGCUGGACAGAGGAAGCUGCGCAUGAAGCAGCUGGAACAGGUCCUGUCGAAAAAGCUAGAAGAAGUUGAAGGUGAAAUAUCCAGUUACCAGGAUGCUAUUGAAAUUGAGCUAGAAAACAGCCGGCCAAAGGCAAAAGGGGCUCUUGCCAACUUGUCAAAGGAUGGUCACCUGCCUGACUUCUCUGUUCUGAGUCUGCUGACUGGGACACUGAACUUCUGUGAGAAUUUUCAUGUUUGCAGUUUCUUAGCCUCAAGGUGGUGUGCGAAUCGUGUGUCCCUAGGCUCCGGUGAGGACGCCACAUCCAGCCCAUUCUGUGAGGAAGACACGGAGGAUGAAGAGCUGGAGGCUGCUGCGAGCCACAUGAACAAGGACUUUUACCGAGAGCUUUUGGGGAAUGACCACAGCUCAGAAGCAGCACAAGGUCCUGAUGGGGGCAGCCGGCCCCUCGCCCUGGAGUCCUUACUUGGCCCAUUGCCCACAGCAGCCAGCCUGGGCAUCUCCGAUUCCAUCCGAGAGUGCAUCUCCUCCCCAAGUGGGGACCUCAAAGAUACUUCAGGAGACGGGGAGCUGGACCUCAGUGGCAUCGAUGACCUUGAAAUUGACAGAUACAUCCUGAACGAGUCAGAAGCCCGGGUAAAAGCUGAGUUGUGGAUGCGUGAGAAUGCUGAGUACCUGCGGGAGCAGAGGGAGAAAGAAGCAAGAAUAGCAAAGGAAAAGGAGCUUGGUAUCUAUAAGGAGCACAAGCCCAAGAAAUCUUGCAAACGCCGGGAGCCAAUCCUGGCCAGCACAGCUGGAGAGGCUAUUGAAAAGAUGCUGGAACAGAAGAAAAUCUCCAGCAAGAUCAACUACAGUGUAUUGCGGGACCUUAACAGCAAGGGUGGGGACAGCCCAUCCAGAGAGGACUCACAGCUCUCAGAGUGUACCAGCACCAAGAAGUUGUCACGGAGGAAAAGAUCAGCUAGCAGGAGUGAUGCUGACCCUGAGACAAGCAUGGGGAAGAGGUUGAGGCCUCUGGUGUCUACACAGCCAGCUAAGAAGGCAGCUGUGGGAGAGGCCUUGCUUUUAAGUUCCCCUGCCCUGGGAACUGAACCCAUCAAGCCAUCAGCUGUCUUAGUGGAGAGUGGCCCUGUGUCCUACCAUCCUGACGACGAUGCAGAUGAGGAGGACGCUGAAGAAGAGGAUGGAGAGCCUUGCGUCAGUGCUCUGCAGAUGAUGGGUGGCAAUGAUUACGGCUGUGAUGGUGAUGAGGAUGAUGGCUACUAAGUAGAACUCAAGGCAGCAUCCUGGUGCUGGACUCCAAGUAUAUCUGUUUUAUGUGGGGUCAGAUGGGCCCUGGGACACGGCUCACAGGCAUGAUUUCUGGACUCAACCAGUCAAGCACUGCCCCACUUGAUUUGAAGCUCUCUUUCCAUGGCCACAUUGGGGGCCCCAUCAUACUGUUGGGAAUCAUGUUUUGAGCAAUGUAAGGAAUAUUUUUGCCCAACAAGGGAAACCAUCUGUGUGUUUAUGUCUAAUGAAACAUGAUCAGAGAACAGCCUGGUCAAGGCUUAUACUCUACUAGUCAGUGAUUCUCCGGAAAUCCUCAGACUGGCUCUGUGUGUUACUGUCAUAAGGAGAUCAAAGCACAAAGGGGCUUUACUUACAAAGUAGAACCUUGGUCUUAGCUUGCUGCCAGUGUUCUGCCCACCCUUCACACCCUGGACAGAUAGGUGUUGGGCAGAAGAUGUGUGGCAGUUACUGCUGUAUGGUUAGCAGCCAUAGUCUGGAGCCCCUGCCUUUCACUGCAGCCGCAGCUUCCUGCGGAAGCGAACAUGAGCUCUGCAUCUCUGGUGUCCAUUCACUGUCUGGAGCCACCAGGAGCAUUACAGGCCUCAGCCUUUCGCAUAGGACUCAUCAAGUUCGUCAGCAGCGCUCAGAAGGUGAAAACCUGGAGACCAUACGCACCUGCUAAUGUCCAGCACAGCCUAUGUGGAGUUCUGUCAAGAAGGCCCUCAAGCUGUUUCCUCAUGAGAAGGCUCAGGACUAUCCUCAAUGCACUUAACUCGGGUCUCCCUUUCUUAGAUGCAGCCCUAGAUGUGAGUCUUCACUAUCUGGGCUGAGGCGGAGUACUGGUCUCUGUUUCAAAUCAAGAGGUGGGGACCAGGCUUGAGAUGAUGAGGUGUGGGGGUGCUGCUGGUGAAAGUAGAUGGGUGGGACAGAUAUGGAGUGAUUUUGGUGAGAAGAUUGCAAAAUACUUUUGGAGUGUGGAGUGUGGAA